UAAGAAAGUAAUUUCAAAGCCAUUCAGACUAUGGCCUUUGAAAGGAUAACACAAAAGGACUGGUACAAAAUCCUGGGUGCAAAGCCAUCGGACAGUCUGGCAGAACUAAAACGGAAGUACCAAAAACUUGCUUUAUUAUAUCAUCCAGACAAACAGAAGGCAGAUGUGCCAGCAGGAGAAGUGGAGGAGCGCGUGCAGAGGUUCAUCGAAAUUGAUCAAGCGUGGAAAAUUCUAGGGAACGAAGAGACAAAAAAAGAGUAUGACCUGCAGCAGCGUGAAGAUAAUCUGACAAAAGAAUGGCCACUACACGCACAAAUUUGUCUUGAGGAGAUGUCCUGGAAUGAAGAUGAACAAUGUUAUACGCUCUCGUGCCGAUGUGGUGGGAAUUACACUGUCUUUAAGAGUGAAACCAAAGACGUAUCUUUGGUUUGUUGUGACACCUGUUCACUUGUUAUUGAGAUCCUUCAAUGAUGGUUUCAGUCAAGCACACUAAGAGUUACAAACUUUUAAAAAGCCUGGACAAGCAGGGGACAGCAUCUGCUAAGAAUGUAUGUUAAAGAAAUGGGGGGCACUACAAGAACGACUUCAGGCUUAGAAAAGGAAAUGUGCCCAUUUGCUAAUGUAGCUCUGCGGACAUGAGGCCUGUUUUUUUUUUCUUUUCCUUUUGCAGCUAAAGUGCCAGUUAUUAAAAACCUCUGGAACAGAACACUGAGUUCCGUACAACUGGAAUAUAUCUCGCACUCUAAGUGACAUUUCUUUCCCAGCAAACAACGGAGUUGCUUCUUUCAAUCUCAGUCUAUAUCAACUAUACCUUAGGCCCUACCUCUUAAAAGGAUUUAACCUAACAGCUCAGAUGACAAAAUUUAAUCAACAGGCAUACACGUGAGAAUGCUUUGAAGACAAUGAAGAGUAAGGUGCAUUAAUGGGAAACAGGAACAUUUUAUAUUUCUAUGCUAGAUAUUUAACUUCAUUAAAUCCUCACAAGGACUUGAGCCUUGGAAAGAGGUGGCAGAGACUUGCAGAUCUAACAGGCUGGUAGCAGGUCCAGGGCCUAUGCGCUGGACUGUAACGCUGCAUCUACAUGAACUUUUUGGCUUGGAGCAGGAACAGGCUUUCAACCGUCUCCCUCCAUCGUCUGAGCAAAUGCAGUCUUCAUUCCUUAGAUGAAAACUAAUUGAGAAGCUGUGCUCUGAGCCCUACCGAGCACACAGUCUACAGGGCCGACCUAGAGCCAGUUUAAGGAAGACCCUACAAAACACACGUAAGUGACCAGCAGAUCCAGAACCCCACCAUUACUGUUUUAAGUUCCAGUCCUACACUGCUUGCUAAUGUAGGCGUAGCCUACGUGUGGCUCCAGACUCAUGACAAUGUAAUAGCACACUGCGCCUUUUUCAGCCCAUGUUACCAGUCAAUGCUAACCUUGGCUUGUAGUAAAAAACAAACCUUCUGAUAAAUCCAAGCACUUAUUGUGAACAGCCAGAGGAAACGGCAUAUAACUUUUGUUGACAACACCAGUAUAUGAUUCCCACUUUCAAGUUAGAGGUAAUCCCAGAAAGAGACAUCUUUGUCAUGUAAUACUUGUGUUUAUUCUAAACAAAAAUAGUUCUAUUGAUUUAGUAGAAAACAUUAUGAAAACUGGCAGUAGUCACUUAAAUCUUCUAAUCAUCGAGAAAUCUAUGGCUGUUGGGGCUUGCACGUAGAAAUCCAAAGUCAUUCAGAGGCCAUAUCUGUAAAAUAAAAAUACAGUUUCAAGAGAUUUUUAUCACAGCUCAAAGUUCAGUGUUUUCAUUUGUUAUCAUUGUAAUUGUUUCAUAAACUGCGUAAGUUU